AAUGUGAACAUUGUGAUAAAACAUUUAGAAAGCUUUCUAAAUUGAAUGAACAUGUUAGGAUACAUACAGGAGAGAAACCUUAUCAAUGUGAACAUUGAUAAGACCAAAUUGAAACAAUGUAGUUUGAGGUGAAUGUGUUGAAAUGGAAACUACUGAUGACACAGAAGAUGAUGAAAAUCUUGUUUAUAAUUGUGAGAGUGUUCUUGAUGAUGAUGAAUACUCAGAACCAAUAAUCAACACUUCUGACAAUGUGCAAAAGCAGCAGAAAUACAUUGUCUUCUUAAAACAGCUUCUUCUGUUGUUUAAAACAUGCAUGUUUUUUCAUGGAAAAAAUCUUGUGGUUCAUGUUUGUCAAAGUGGAACAAUGGUGACCAUAAAAACCAUGUGCAAAAAUGUUGAUUGUCAUAAAGAAUUUGUUUGGAAAAGUCAGCCAUUGAUGCCUGGUACUAAGAUUGCAGCUGGAAACUUUCUACUUUCAUUUGCAGUCUUAGUGGCGGGAUCUUCAGCUAUCAAAACAUUUCAAGCAAUGAAGCAUAUGGGACUGCAAGUUAUUUCACUGCCAACAUACUUUAGACAUCAGCUAAACAUUCUUUUCCCAUCAAUAUUUAUAUUUUGGAGAAAGUACCAACAGAAACUGCUGAAAAACUAA